AGGCUCAUAUCAAAACUACCUAUUAAGAACUUCUCUUCUUCUCCAACCACCUUCCUUGCUUUGAAUUAAAACUAUUUCAUUUCCAUCUUUUUACAGGUUUUCUUCAAUCUGAAACCUUAAUCCUUCAAUUCAAUCUUCUUCGUCUCUGUCAAAGGCUUGGUCGAUUCAUUGUAUUUUCUUUUGUCCCGCUGCCUUGUGGUUCAAGUAAUCUCAAGGCGGUGAGGAAGAAAGAGUUCAUACGAUUAAAGUUAAAACGGGAAUGAAGAUACCUUGGGACACACGCUAUUCAUUAAGUCUAUUGAUUUUAUUAUCAUCAAUUCUUUUCCUAUGCAACGGCCAAGAUUAUGGAACACCGACGGAAGACGGAGCAGGAGAGCCGCCGCCCGAGAUGGCGCGUUGCAACGGUAUCUUCAUGAGCUACAGCUUCGGCAGCCGCGAGAGAGAGUACCCUCACGUCAAGAACGUGACCGCUCAAUCGUGGGCGUUUAAAUCGACGGCAAUGAUUGUAAACGCGGGUAAGGAAGAGCUCACGGGAUGGCAAAUGUUUAUAGGGUUUCGACACAAGGAACUGAUCGUUUCUGCGACUGGUGCGGUUCCAAUGGACGGUGAUUUUCCUCUGGAUGCUAGCAAUGGAACCACGUUCGUUGGAUCGCCCAACACGGAUUUGAAAACAUCGAUUUUAACCGCAGGUGAUUUCACUCAGAUAUCGACGAAUAUCGAAAUCACCGGGACUCUUUUCGGGGUUGCCAAGUCCGUGAUGCCUAUGCCGAAAACUCUUAAGCUCAUCAACGACGGUUGGGAAUGUCCUGCCGCUAAGAGAAAAGGAGGCAAUAUGAACGUUUGUUGCAAGAGAAACCCUAAGUUCAAGGUCAAGACAGGGCCAAAGACAAAGUUUGCACCGAGAAGGCACGGUGAUCUGAACAUCGUUUACGAUGUUAUUCAAUCAUUCAGCAGCAACUACUUAGCCCAAGUGACAAUCGACAACGAUAAUCCACUCGGGCGGUUAGACCGUUGGAACCUGACUUGGGAAUGGAUGCGAGGAGAGUUUAUAAACACCAUGAGAGGAGCUUACACUCACAAGAGAGAUCCCUCUGAAUGUCUUUACAGCAAAGCUGGACAGUACUACAAGGACUUGGACUUCUCUCAGGUCAUGAACUGUCAGAAGAAGCCAGCCAUUUCCGAUUUGCCUCCAGAGAGGAAGGACGAUAAGGUGAUGGGAAAAUUACCUUUCUGUUGCAAAAACGGAACUCUUUUGCCACCUCUGAUGGAUCCUUCCAAAUCUCGAUCCAUGUUUCAGCUGCAGGUUUGGAAGUUGCCUCCUGAUCUAAACAGAACAGCUCUAUACCCACCUCAGCACUGGAAAAUAGACGGAGUUCUCAACCCUCAGUACAAAUGUGGGCCACCGGUUCGGGUCGACCCGUCACAGUUCCCGGAUUCUAGCGGUCUACCGGCUGUAACCUAUGCAAUCUCCAGCUGGCAAAUUGUCUGCAACAUAACCAAACCCAAAGCACAAGCCUCACGAUGUUGUGUCUCAUUCUCUGCCUAUUACAACAACUCCGCUAUUCCUUGUAACACUUGCGCUUGUGGAUGCGAUGACAUCGAUACCAACACAUGCAACGCUGACCGUAACCCUCUCCUCCUCCCUGCAGACGCCCUCCUUGUCCCCUUCGAUAACCGAACCCUAAAAGCUAAAGCUUGGGCUAAACAAAACCACAUGCCGAUACCUAAGAAGCUCCCUUGUCCUGAUAACUGUGGAGUUAGCAUUAACUGGCACGUUAACACUGAUUAUAGAAACGGUUGGACCGCGAGGUUAACUGUUUUUAACUGGAGAGACUUUGCGUUUGAGGAUUGGUUUGUGGCCGUUGAGAUGGGGAAAUCAGGGAAAGGGUAUGAAAACGUUUACUCCUUUAACGGCACACGUGUUCCACCGAACAACCGAACUGUUAUGUUCCAAGGGUUGCCUGGUUUGAACUACCUUGUGGGUCAAGUUAACGGAACGCAUCCAUUAAGAGACCCUCCCGUGCCGGGCAAGCAACAGUCUGUUAUCUCGUUUACCAAGAAGAACAUUAAUGAUUUGAAAAUAGCUGAAGGUGAUGGGUUUCCGACAAAGCUUUUCUUUAAUGGAGAAGAAUGUGCGCUUCCUAAACAUUUCCCAAAGAAGAGCUCAGGACAUAGAGGCGGUAUCAGUGUCUUGAUGUCACUUGUUUUCUCUAUAGCAGUGGCUUUUGCACUGAUGAUGGACUAAUUACUGAAGACAUAACUAAAGCUAGUGUUAUUGCAACAGAGAAAGGAUCAAGAGGAGCAGAUGUGGAGAGAUCUUUGUAAUAUGAUUGAUCUAAUAUUGAACCAAAAAAAAAGGACUUAUUGUAUUAAUACUUUUGUUUGGUCUAUAAAAGUAUUCAUGUGUACGUUUGUUGUUCUCUCUGGUAGCAAUCCCAGAAGCUCAGAACAAUGUCAGCUUCUUUUUGACAUGAAGAACAUUUAUUAGUCUUUUAAUUUGAAGUCCUUUUAAUUAUAUAUUUUUUUAAGUAUU